GCCGAUUAAAAUACUCUGCCUUGAAUCGAGGCUAGUAAAUGUCUAGCUACGCCCCUGAUUACAAUUUAUAAAUCAUAUUACAGGUUGUAUUGAUGUAGUGCAGUCUUUGGAAUCCACAACUGUCAGUUUAUGCAACUAAUUAGUUUGAAAUGUUGAAAUGUCUAGAAUUAGUAUGUACUAUAGUAGAUUGGAUUCCCAUUGUCUCAGGCUAAAUGCGUAGGCUACAAGAUACUACAAUGGCUCAUGCAUAGUAUAGAUUCUUAUAUGUAGCUAGCUAAAGCUCUGCACAGCCAUGCCGAUCUCCCUAAACUUUGUUCUAUACCUGGUCAUUUUGCUACUAUGCAGGUACAGUGGUGCUCUCAAUUGUAACCAAACAGUUCUCCCUCCUAUACAUACAUCUGUCACUUUGACAACACUGCCGCCAACCAUAAUGUCUCUCAAUGCUACGUUAAAUGGGCUUUCAAACAUUUUCAACGGGCAAAGUCAACUUAUCGCAAUACCGAUUGUCACAAGCAUUGUGUUGGCCUUACUGAUUGUGCUCUUAUUGUUAGUUAUUGGUUAUCUGUGGCGAAAGGUGAAGAAGCUAUCAGCAGCACUAACUGCAAUGCAACAGGGAGUACUGAUCUCCAAUACAGAUACAAACCUAGCAUAUCAAUCAGAAAUCAGCUCUAAUGAUGAUUACGAAGUUAUCCAAGAAGAGAGAGCAACAACACUCACUAAAAAUCAGUCAUACCCUCAUCUUCACUCAUGGCUCACUGAUCCACAACUACAAAGAAGCUUACUUGCAACAAAUGCCAUGGCUAAAGAUAUUGAGAUGGACAGUGAAAGCUAUGACGAUGUAAUUCUUCCCCUGAAAACAGACACGAAUGAUGGUAUGUCAUCCAGAAACUCAAUGACUGUGAGUCUUGGUGAAGAACUAGUAGUUGAAGUGACUAUGGUUUAAAAUUUGAGAGGAUCAUAUAUUAAUGUUAUGUAUCUUAGAUAUAUUAUUAUACAUAUAAUAGCUUAUUAUAACACUGACUAUAGUAGCGAUUUUAUUUUAAUUGUUCACAUGCCUGCAUAAUUAUCAAGUGUGUAAAUUAUUCGGUUGUAUAUUAUUACCUGCAUGGGUAUAGGAUAAGUUAUAGUUAAACAAUGGCCUCGAGUGGUAUAUUUGAUUUACACGCGAGAGUAAUCUGAUAAACCACGAGGCGCAGCCGAGUUGGUUUAUCUGAUUACUCGAGCGUGUAAAGCAAAUAUACCACGAGAGGCCAUAGUUUAACUGGCUUGUACUAUGUUUAGAACUGUACUACUAUGUUUAGCUACUUCCUGUCAUGCUUCUUCAAUGAAUAUGCUUAUAACUACUGUUUGACGUCACUGUUGCUAUACCUAUGCAAUGAAUUUGCUAUUUUUUUAAAAAAAGCGAUGGCUGAUUCAAGCAAGCGUCUAUGAUUCAAGCAAGCAAUUGUGAAGGCUGUGUUUCUGCAUCUUUAUAGAAGGCACUUCAAGAAAGUACACUGGUGCUACUUGUCUACAAAGAGUGCAAAUGUACCCCAAAAUAUCAUUCCACAAGCCUACUGUACUGGCCCAGUGCAGUGCAGUCUCUUUAGUCUGAGAAACACUUGGCAGUCUGGACCCUUCUUACUGCUCCUGGUCCCAUGCAGCAAUGUAAUAAGCAGGUUGUGACAACCAAUGUUGAAAGUUGAAAAAAAGCAACACAAACAAACCAGUAUCGUUCGAUUCACGAUCACGGAGUUCUUCCAAAUUUGCCUCCUUUUUGGAACUAUUCAUCGCUUGAACUUGGCUCUUUUUAUGUUGACUAAAAUCAUUAGUAUAGUAGUCUGUUUUGUAUUGAAUUCUCUCUAACUCUAAUAUUGCUAAUAUUGAUUGAAUUGAGUAGUGUGUCAUUGUUUUAAUUGAAACAG